GAUUUUGCCGGAAUUACUAGCUACCGGCUUCCGGGAAGAUUUUCCGUCCGUCCGGCUCUGCGGACUCAAGGAGAGAAAGGAAAAAACCUUCCUCAGUGUAACAACACUUAGGACCUUAAAAGAUUCAUAAAUAUAUGUACACAGGCCCACAUCUGCCUCCCCAUGCAGAACUCCGUGAAAUGAAUAAAGCACCACAGCCUAUAACGGGACCCCCCUCCACCCCGCACCCCGCCCCCUCCCCCGGCCUCUCACAGCCCUCCUUCCCCCCCGGGCAGCCCCCUUCUGUCGUGUUCACCACCCAGGCGCCUCCACAAAUGAACCCAACACCGCAGCCCCGACAGUUUGCCCCAGGGCCCCGACCUAUACAUCAGCAGGGAAGCUUCAGGUCGCUGCAGCCCUACUACCCUAACAGACCCAGCCUGCCUCCUAGCAGCGGGCCGCGGGGCGUCCCACCCAGCGGUGCUCCCCGCUCCGUUACCCCCACCCACGUCUACCAGGCCGGCCCUGGCUCCCAGAUGAUGAUGAUCCCCCAGCAACAGUUGUCCUUCCCCAGCUCACCACAGGGACCAGCCUACUUCAUACCGGGACAGUACCGUUCACCGACCUACGUGGCCACACCCCAGCAGUACCCAGUCCCAGCAGGCACCCCAGGCUUCUACCCAGGAACCAGCCCCGCCGAAUAUGGUACUUAUGGGGCCUACUACCCUGCACAGCCACAGUUCACCCCAUCGGUGCAGGCAGCACCGGUUAUUAUGAACCCUGCCCCUCAGCAACAGCAACCACCACCUCAGCCGCAACAGCACAUCCCCACCAAGCGGGAACGCAAACAGAUCAGAAUAAGGGACCCUAACCAAGGAGGCCGAGACAUCACAGAGGAGAUUAUGUCAGGGGGCCGUAGUGGCUCUACCCCAACCCCACCACAGUCAGCCAUAUCAGGAGCAGAGAGUACAGCAGUAGCACAGGCCAACGGUGAGAGCGUCACAGCUGCUGUUACACCAGCGCUGGUUAGACCAGAUGAAAGAGGGAAACCUUCGCCUCCUCCUCAGUCGAAAACUCCAGAACUCGCUAAGGGUGAGCCCACCCCCACAGAGGCUCCCUCCUCUGACACGAACACUAGGGCCUCUGCACCCCCUCUACCAUCGGAAGCAAAGAACACUUCUCUCAACACUAUUUCAACACUCGCAUCCAGCGCUCCCGUAGCAGAUGUGAUGGAUGCUCCUCCGCCUCUUAGAGAACCCACGCCGCCCCUCCAGUCGGCACCCGAGGUACCCGCGUACCCGGCACCUCUCCCCGACCCUGUCCCCAAAUCUGACAAGAAAGCCACAGAGGCAAAAGAGGAUGUGGCGGAAGAGGUGGAGACUACAGCGGAGGAGGCAGCCGCCUCUCUGGACACAAACAUUACUCUCGCCUCUUCCACUAAUGGCGUGGCAGAGGUGGAGCCACAAACGCUGUCAGUCACCUUACCGCCCACUCACCUGGACGCCCCUCUAGAGUCUCCCAUUGCACAGCCCGAGGAGCUCCGCCUACCCAAUGGCCUGCCUCUGCCGGCCCCCCAAGACCCCGAGGUUCCUGCCAUCAGCACGGCCGAGCGCGACGACAGCCCCAUAGCCGAGCCGGACGUCAGCCAGCUGCCCAUCUCACAGACCUGCACCGCCAUCACUCCGGCAGCGCCUUCGCUAGUUGUUCAAGCCACGCCUGCACCUGACGAGGAGUCGGCGGCCGUGACCCAUAAGGAGUCGCCGCCUGCGCCCACUGUCCUGGAAGUCCCUGCUGAACCAGUCACUCAGGCGGCGCCCGCGCAGCCCGAGGUGCAAGAGGUGGCCCCUACAGCCAUUCUGGACGUUGAGGAGGAUGCUCCAGCGCCCCAGCCCAAAGCCAAGGAGGAGACGCCAUCUCCUGCUGAGACGGUUUCCAAAGCUGACAGUGCCCCAGAAACAGUGCCCACUCCUCCCCCUCCUACAGCAGAGGAGAGAGAGGACACCCCUCCUCCUCAGACGGUCCCCCCUGCCCUUGUAGAAACUACUAUGCAAGCUGCUGUGUCUGUGCCAAAGAAAAAGAGGAAGAUGAAGGAUCUGAACAAGAAGGAGGCGGUGGGAGACCUCCUGGAUGCCUUUAAGGAGGAGCAGGUAGUGGUCCCACCGGAACCUGAGCCGACCCCUUCCCCGGCACCUGAGCCCCAGCCCCCUGUAGCCUCGCCCCCCGCUCCAGAGGAGGCGGACUUGACGUGGGAGGAUAAGGAGGACAAGCUGGAUGCUGAAAACAUUAAGCCAGAUUCUCCAAAUCCGACCGACAAGAAGUACCAGUACAAAGAGGAUCAGUGGAAGCCAAUCAAUCCAGAGGAGAAGAAGAAAUAUGACCGCGAGUUUCUUCUGGGGUUCCAGUUUAUCUCAGCCAGCAUGAACAAGCCUGAGGGUCUACCAGCCAUCAGUGAUGUUGUCCUAGACAAGGCUAAUAAGACCCCUCUGCGUCAACUUGAUCCCAGUCGCCUACCGGGGAUGAAUUGCGGUCCUGACUUCACACCCUCCUUUGCUAACCUUGGCAGGCCUGGCAUGGGAGGAGUAACCAGAGGACCACCCCCGGGUAUGGGCAUGGGAGUCGGCGGCCCCCGUCGCUCUCAGCAGAUGCAGCAGAGGAAAGAGCCGAGGAAGAUCAUCACCAGCAUGUCUCUCAGUGAUGAUGUGCAACUGAACAAGGCGGAGAAGGCCUGGAAGCCAGCGAUGAAGAAAGCCGUUCGCGCCCGGGCGAGCGAGGAGAACGACGAGAGCGAUCCGGACCAGACUAAGACCCAGGAGCUGUUUAAACGGGUCCGCAGCAUCCUCAACAAACUGACUCCCCAAAAGUUUCAACAGCUUAUGAAACAGGUGACAGAACUGACUAUAGAUACUGAAGAGAGGUUGAAAGGAGUCAUAGACCUCACCUUCGAGAAGGCCAUCUCUGAGCCAGACUUCUCUGUGGCCUACGCCAACAUGUGCCGCUGCCUUAUGGGGCUUAAAGUCACACCCGUAGAUAAGCCGGGAGUCACUGUGAAUUUCCGCAAGCUGCUAUUAAAUCGAUGUCAGAAGGAGUUCGAGAAGGACAAGGACGACGACGAGAUCUUUGAGAAGAAGCAGAAAGAGCUGGAAGCUGCUUCAGUGGAGGAGAAGCAGCGGCUCAUUGAUGAGCUGGAAGAGGCUAAAGACAAGGCCAGGAGGCGCUCACUGGGCAAUAUCAAGUUCAUCGGUGAGCUGUUCAAGCUUAAAAUGCUUACAGAGGUCAUCAUGCACGACUGCAUCGUCAAGCUGCUCAAAAACCACGAUGAGGAGUCCCUGGAGUGCCUGUGCAGACUGUUGUCCACCAUCGGCAAGGACCUAGACUUUGAGAAGGCCAAGCCUCGUAUGGACCAGUACUUCAACCAGAUGGAGAAAAUUAUAAAGGAGAGGAAGACCACUUCUCGGAUUCGUUUCAUGCUGCAGGAUGUGCUGGACCUUCGACGGAACAACUGGGUACCCCGGAGAGGAGACCAGGGCCCCAAGACCAUCGAUCAGAUUCACAAAGAGGCUGAGCUGGAGGAGCACAGGGAGCAGAUGAAGGUGCAGCAAGCCCUUAUCUCCAAGAAGGAGUCCAGCGGCGGCCCAGGAAACAGGAUGGGUGGAGGUGGUCCCGGAGGUCGUGGAGGCCAUCACACCCCGGGCCGUGGUGCCCCCCCACAGGACGAAGGCUGGAAUACGGUGCCCAUCUCCAAGAACCGACCUAUUGACACCUCUCGCCUUAGCAAGAUUACUAAAACUCCUGUUCUCGACUUCAACAACCAGUUGCUCGCCCCUGGAGGUAAAGGCACGUGGGGCAGCUGGGGUAAAGGCAGCAGCGGUGGCACAACUACCAAACCCGCAGAUACUGGCUCAGAGUUAGGCAACCGUCCAGCCACCAGCACUCUGAACAGGUUCUCGGCCUUGCAGCAGCCCUCAUCCUCUUCAGGCUCUUCACUGGACUCAGAUAGAAGAGUUCCCCAGAGAAACAGCUCGAGUCGAGAGCGCAGUGACCGCUUCGACCGCUCCGAUCGCUUCGACCGGCGGGAUGAGCGACGGGACGACCGGGAUCGCAACCGGCUGCAGGUCACAAAACGCAGCUUCAGCCGUGAAAAUGAGGAACGGAGCCGGGAGAGAGAGCAGCGCGGGUCAGCUGAUCCUGUCCGCAGAGUGGCAAGCAUGACCGAUGACCGGGACCGAAGCAGCAGAGAACGAGCCAGGAGCAAAGAGAGCGUGAAGCGGGAGACCGCUCCCACCCCUCCCCCUCCCCAGACCCCCACCAAGCCUGCCUUGACAGAGGAGGAGUUGGAAAAGAAGUCGACAGCCAUCAUUGAGGAGUACCUCCAUAUCAACGACAUGAAGGAGGCUCUGCAGUGUGUGCAGGAGAUGAACAGCACUCAGCUGCUGUUUAUGUUUGUACGAAGCGGCUUGGAGUCGACGCUGGAGCGCAGCACCAUUGCACGGGAGCACAUGGGGCUUCUGCUGCACCAGCUCAUUAAGACUGGCAUCCUCCCAACACAGCACUACUACAAAGGGCUUCAGGAAAUUCUGGAGGUGGCUGAAGACAUGGCGAUAGACAUCCCCCACAUCUGGCUCUACCUGGCAGAGCUGAUUACUCCCAUGCUGCAUGAGGGUGGUAUCCCCAUGGGAGAGCUUUUCCGGGAGGUUUCAAAGCCCUUGGUCCCUCUGGGUAAAGCCGGAGUCCUGCUGGUCCAAAUCCUCACUUUACUCUGCAAAGGAAUGAGCCAUAAAAAGGCCGGGACAAUGUGGAGAGAGGCAGGGCUCCGGUGGAAGGACUUCCUCCCCGAGGACGUGGACGUCAACAAGUUUGUGACAGAACAGAAUGUGGAGUUCACACUGGGCGAGGAGUCAGAGAAGAGCCAAAAGAAGGAGCUGAGCUCUGCAGAACUGAACAAGCAGCUGGAAAGACUGAUCCAUGAAAAGGCAAACAACCAGAGAGUCUUUGACUGGAUCGAGGCAAACCUAGAUGAAGAGCAGACCUCCUCCAACACAUUUGUCAGAGCACUGAUGACCUGCGUCUGCCAGUCAGCAGUCAUAUGUGAGAACCCGUACAGGGUGGAUGGUGGGCUGAUCAGACAGCGAGCCAAGCUGCUGCAGAAAUAUCUGAAGGAUGAACAGAAGGAGCUGCAGGCUCUCUACGCCCUGCAGGCCCUGAUGGUGCAGAUGGAGCAGCCCGCCAAUCUGCUGAGGAUGUUCUUUGACACUCUUUACGACGAGGACGUGAUCAAAGAGGAGGCCUUUUACAAGUGGGAGUCUAGCAAAGACCCCGCCGAGCAGCAGGGCAAGGGCGUGGCCCUCAAGUCCGUCACCGCCUUCUUCGUGUGGCUCCGCGAGGCCGAGGAUGAAUCCGACAACAGCUAGGGGCCGGCCCGGGGGAAGCGGCGGCGGCGGCGGCAGUUCAGAGAGGAUCCUUGAGGAGAGCGAAUGUUCUGUGGAUGAUUCAGAAGAGGCUGAAUCAGCAAAAUCCUUCUGCAUAAAGAGGACAAAAAAAAAAUCAAGAAAAAAAUUCUUCAACUGGGAGAGAUUGUAUUAUGGAUCGAACGUUCGAUCUUUUUUUUUUUUUUUUGCUCGUUUGUUUGUUUUGGGUUUCUUGUCUUUUGUCGCGCAAACCGAAUGUCCUUUUUGAAAUGAAUGAACCUACAGGAUUAAACAAAGAGAAUAGAUAUGAGAGAGACGUGUUACAAGCCGUGGGAGACACUGUAAUGCUGUUUUCAUCAGUAUUUUUUUGAGGUUGUUUUCAAAUGGCUCUUCCUCGCCACGGCAACACUAUCCAAGACUAUUUGCUUAAUGACAGACAUAAAGAAAACUUAAAAGGCUGUUCACAUUUAUAUUUUUGAAUUCACCCUUGUGGAUGGGGCACAGCAACACUGUCAUGACACAUGUCUGGUGUUUGAUCCACGUGAUGCGCUUUUGUGGAUGACUAGCUUCGAUGUUCCUUUAUUUUAUUUUUAUUUUUUUUCCCUCGGCGCUGGCUGAUUGGAGUGUGUCUUUUAUAAUAAAACAGAAAACUACAAAGACGAGUGACGAGAGCUGUCCAACAGACAUUUCAGACAAGGAGUCAAAGCGACGGUUGUGGACUCCCGAGGAUUUCACGCGGACUUUACGAGGACGAUGUCGCCGAGUAGAGAGAGAGGGGCAAAGAACACUGACCAUUUUGCUGCUGGGGGGGGAGGGGUGACCACGUUUCCCUGAUACCCCUCAAAACCCCAGUCUGACCCCCUGCCCUCCAACGUCUGUGUUUUACUUGUUUCCCGUGCUUCUAAAGAAAAAAAAAAAAAGACUGAGAAAGGGAGAGCAACAGCGAGGGCUCAUGGCUGCACCCUCCUCCAAAGCCUUUUGUUGGAUUUUAAAAAGAUACAUUAUAAAAACUUGAUUAAAGUAUACAGACAAAAAAAAAUAAAAAAAAAAUGCUUUAUUAAAAAAGGACAGUACGAACCCUAAGGCCUUUUUGCUUCCACAAGUGGAAAAGCAUUUCAGGAGAGUAUAAUCCCGUAUAAUAGGAUGGAUUUCCUUCCAUUUUUUUUUGUUUUGUUUUGUUUUCAAAGAAGAGAUGCUAAUGUAUUACCCCCCCCCCCCCCCCCCGCCUCCUCUGGAAUAAAGUGGCAGUUUUUUCCCUGUAUUUAUAUUUUUCUCUCCUCAGCUCGCAGAAGGUGCUUGUAAUUAUCCAACCCAAGUCAUUGAUUACAAUUUAAUUGAAAAUCUGUAAAUACUUUUUUGCUUUACUUUAUUAAAAAGAUAUUUAAUUAAAGAAAAUUAAUGCCUCUUUUCACAUCCAAAAACUGGAAGAGCUAAUAAAGAUUGUUGCAAAUAAAAGCAAA